UGGCAGACGGGAGGGGACAGCAGAGCCGGGUCCCGCGGAGUCGCGCCGCCACCUCCGCCGCCACUUCGCACUCGCUCCCUCGCCCGCCGUGGCAGCACCGACGGCGGCGGCUCCCCCCUUCCCGCCCAGCCCCGCGCACCAUGGCCCCCGCAUUCCCCCGCUUGGUCCUCGGCCUCCUGGUGCUGAGUUUGUGCUGUGAAGCUUGCAAGAAAGUAAUUUUUCAUGUUCCUUCUGAACUAGAGGCUGACACGUUAGUUGGCAGAGUUGAUUUGAAAGAAUGCCUUCAGUCUGCAGAGUUUAUCAGUUCCAGUGAUGGGAAAUUCAAGGUUCUAGAGGAUGGUUCUGUGUAUACAACAUCUGCUCUUUCUUUGUCUGCUGAGAAAAAGACUUUUACCAUAUUACUUGAGGACAUUCAAGAACAAGUUCAAAAGAAAAUACAGGUUGACUUGGUGCAAGAAGAAAAAAAGACACCGAAUACCAGGCAUGCUAGAGAUACAGUUCUCAAGAGAACUAAAAGAAGGUGGGGCCCUAUUCCGUCUGUCAUGAUAGAAAACUCACUGGGACCUUUCCCACUGCAAAUACAGCAGGUCCAGUCAGACACAGCUCAGAACUACACAAUUUAUUAUUCUGCAAGUGGACCAGGAAUUGAUCAAGAUCCAAAGGGUUUGUUUUACAUAGAAAGAGAAACUGGAAAUAUCUUUGCUACUCGUGCGGUAGACCGUGAACAGUAUCCAAGUUUUCAGAUCAUUUGCUUUGCAACCACUCCAGAUGGUUAUUCACCAGAAGUACCACUUGUGCAUACAAUCAGGAUAGAGGAUGACAAUGAUAAUGCUCCAUAUUUUACACAAGACCUUUUUGAAUUUUGUGUCCCUGAAAAUUCCAGACCUGGUGUUGUUGUUGGGAAAGUGACUGCAGAGGACAGAGAUGAACCUUAUACUCUGCAUACCACUUUGAAAUACCGCAUUGUGUCACAAACCCCACCAAUUACCCCAGCGUUUUCUUUACAUGGUGACACCGGUGUCAUCUCUGUAUUACUGCCACAGCUGGACAGAGAGCUUGUACCCAGUUACACUUUGUUAGUUGAAGUGAGAGAUAUGGCAGGUCAGCCUUUUGGUUUGUGCACUACAGGAACAGCUGUCAUCAAAAUCGAGGAUACGAAUGACAAUGCACCAUCCUUUAAACAGUUACAAUAUGAAACACGAGUGGAAGAAAACAGAGUCAGUGUAGAAAUACUGAGAGUCUCUGUUGUUGAUCUUGAUGAACCUGGUUCACCUGGCUCAGGAGCAGUAUAUGAAAUUAUAAGAGGAAAUGAUGAUCAGGCCUUUGAAAUUACAACAGACAAAAACACAAACGAAGGAAUACUGUGUGUUGUUAAGGGACUGGACUAUGAAACUGCCAAGCAAAGGAUCCUGGUGAUUGGAGUCAACAAUGAGGCACCCUACCUGCUGGCUCCCCAUUCACAGCAACUUUCCCAGAGCACCUGCUCUGUAACCGUGCAUGUCCUGGAUGUGGAUGAGGGACCGGUGUUUAAACCCUGUCUGUUGCGCUUAGACGUUAAAGAAUGCGAAGAUGUUGGGACAGCUAUUGGGAGAUUUGUAGCAGAAGAUCCAGAAAGUGGAAAUAGUGAGGGCAUAAGAUACCGGAUACCACCUGGCCAGUGUAAUUGGAUCAACAUAGAUGACAAGUCAGGUGAAGUCAGAACUGUUAGGGUCUUGGACCGAGACAUAGGAGAAAUGAGACGAGGUCAAUGCAAUGUCACAGUCCUUGCAAUAGACAGAAAUGGUAAAACAGGCACUGGAACAAUUCAGGUUUGCAUCGUGCCUGGCAACAAGAAUUUCCCACGAAUCACUCAAACAGACUAUGUCAUGUGCAGAGACAGAAAACCAAUUUGCCUCACGGCACAGGAUGGCGAUGAGGCUCCUUACAGCGCACCCUUUGUGUAUCGCAUAACCGACCGAAGACUGGCUUCCAUGUGGAAGUUAACUCCACACGACGAUAAUUCUUGGUAUCUUUCACCAAAGAGUGAUACUCCGUAUGGAAUUUAUGAAAUUCCUGUAAGUGUGAUUGAUAAUGGAGGAAAGAGAGGAGAGAACAUAGUAAGAGUUAAUCUCUGUGAUUGUGUAACUCCAACUGAAUGCGACGGCAGAACUCGUCAGCUUUCUGGUGGAAAUGUUACCCUUGGCCUCUGGGCCAUCCUUGCAAUGAUCUUAGGAUCUUUAUUAUUGCUGCUAAUCCUGAUCACAAUUUGUGGCUGCUGUGGCGCUGGGGUAAUGCACAGGCAGGUGACUGAUGAUUGUGCCAAUCACAAUUUAAUCAUUUCAAACACAGAAGCUCCAGGAGAAGAAGUGAUGGAUCACAAUAUAAUUCCUCUACAAAAUACAUGUGAUCAAGGAGGGUAUGGAGUAAAGACAGGAGAGCAGCAAACAUUUGAAAUGGUAAAAGGAAGGGGGAAUACCUUGGAAUCAGUCAAGGGAGGUGGACAUCAGACUCUGGGAUCAGUUAAAGAAGGAGGAGGACAGACUGUGAUGGAUACUUGUAGAUACUCCUACUCAGAGUGGCAUAAUUUCACACAUCCUCGUUUAGGUGAAAAGGUGCACCUAUGCAGACAGGAUGAAGAACAGAAGCAUUCUGAAGAUUAUCUCCUUUCAUAUAACUAUGAAGGAAAAGGAUCCUUGGCUGGCUCUGUAGGCUGCUGCAGUGAUCAGCAUGAAGAAGAGGCACUUGACUUCUUAGAUCAGUUGGAACCCAAGUUUAGGACAUUAGCAGAAACAUGCAUCAAAAGAUAAAUGUGCCUUUCACAGUGCUGAAAAAAACCUGUAAAUAAGUGGCUGUCGUACUUUUGUGAUAUUAGGUACUUUGGAAUUGAGAGGGGUAGACGUUUAUCAAAAUUAAGAUAGACAGGUGAGAGUGUAAAUAACUCUUGCUUUAAAUUUACAUUUUCUUACACUGGACACAUUCUAUCAGAACAAAAGGACUCAAAAUAUUUUAGGUUAAUGUAGUAAUGCUAGUUUCUACUUAGAUUUUGUUUUGUGUUCUUUGUGAUUGCUCACAAUGCAAAUCUUGGUGUUCUUUUAGUUAAUUAUACAGCUUCAAAAUUUUAUUGUAUUUGGCUUUGGAGAGGAAAGCUUUAUAACUCACUGUUUCUUUGUUUUCUUUUAUUUUUUGUAGAAAUGAAGCAAAUCAUAUUGUUGGUGGAUAUCAAAUACCUUGUUAACUUAUAUGAGCUGAGAUACAAAAUAUUUUUUCAUUUUGGACGUAAAAAUACUUAUGAAUAUAUUAGAAAACUUUACAUUUUGAUUGAAAAUUAAAUAU